UUUAUGAGUCUGAACAUUACAGGAUUGUCAAGGCUUGGUCAAUGUCUGACUCAAAGACAAAGAAGAAACCCCUGCUCUGUUUAUGGAGUUGUCCGAGCCUUAUUCGAGCCCAGCGGCGGUGCCACCUGGUUUAGAGUACCUAACACAGAUUGACCAGAUAUUAAUCCAUCAACAGAUUGAGCUCCUUGAGGGUAACGUUUAUUCUAAAGUCAUCAUAUAUAUUGUUAUUUUUGUUAUUUCUUUUUGGGAAUGUCAGAAAUUAAGUUCCAGUAUACCUUUUUUUUGUUGUUGGAAAAAAUUGGUUAAGCUCACUGUAGCUUAUGAGUUCUUAUCUCUUUCUCCCCUCUUUUCCAGCCAUUAUUGGCUAUGAGACUAAUAACCAGUAUGAGAUUAAGAACAGCAUGGGCCAAAAGAUAUAUAAUGCUAAAGAACAGAAUGACUGCUGCACACGUAAUUUUUGCGGCCCUCUCCGGAGCUUUGAACUGAAGAUAACGGAUAAUUUUGAUCAGGAAGUGAUUCACAUAAUCAGGCCUUACCGCUGUGCUUCCUGCUGCUUCCCCUGCUGUCUUCAAGAGAUGGAGGUACAGGCUCCACCAGGUAAUACAGUAGGCUACAUCAGUCAAGACUGGCACAUGUUUAAGCCCAAGUUCUCUGUCUUAGACAUGUCCAAAACAAAGGUGCUGUCUAUUGAGGGGCCUGUGUGUGCGGUCAGUUGCUGUGGGGAUGUGGAUUUUGAAAUUCAUGGAAAAGAAGGCCAUUCAGUUGGUCGUAUCAGUAAACAGUGGAGUGGCAUGAUAAAAGAGGGACUGACUGAUUCAGAUAAUUUUGGCAUUAACUUUCCCAUGGACCUUGAUGUGAGGAUGAAAGCAGUUCUAAUGGGGGCAUGUUUCCUUAUAGACUACAUGUUCUUUGAGAAGAAGGGUAACUCAGGAUAGCGGUGCAGUGUGUUUGGCUGAUUCUAUCUAUAAAUCACCACUUGCUAUAAAGGAUCUUCAUUUUGUUCUUGAUUAAAUAUUUCUGGUGUAUCUACAUCUCUAGUCACCACAUUCACUUUCACAUCAGUCUGACACUUCUGCGCUUGUUCUAACGUACUUAAAUGUCAAAAGAGCUGUAACCUACACAUACUGAAUAGUGUCUAUUUUAUAAAAUAAAAAAUAUUUGUAGCAAUGACUGAUUAUUUAAACAAAAUUAAAAAGAAUUAAA